UCAAAUCAAUUUUUGGUCUUCCCUGACCUAACUCUCCGAGAGCGUCACUUCGUCGCCCAACUCUCGUCGGGAAGAUGAACGCCGGCGGCGCGGCAAAGCUCAUCGUGGAAGCUCUGCUCCAGCGAUUUCUUCCGCUCGCUCGCCGCCGCAUUGAGACCGCUCAGGCGCAGGAUGGUCAAUAUCUUCGUCCUUCCGACCCAGCCUAUGAGCAAGUAUUGGAUUCAUUGGCUAUGGUUGCUCGGCAUACACCUGUGCCUCUUUUGGAAGCUCUUUUAAGAUGGAGGGAAAGUGAAUCUCCAAAAGGUGCAAAUGAUGCAUCCACGUACCAAAAGAAGCUUGCAGUGGAGUGUAUCUUUUGUUCAGCAUGCAUACCCUUUGUAGAGUGUUGCCCUCAGGAGGGAAUCACAGAAAAACUUUGGUCUGGCCUAGAAAAUUUUGUAUUUGAUUGGCUAAUCAAUGCGGACAGGGUUGUCAGCCAGGUUGAGUAUCCUUCAUUAGUUGACUUAAGAGGGCUUCUUUUGGACCUCGUUGCACAGCUUUUAGGUGCUUUAUCAAAGAUCAGGUUUAGUUCAGUAACUGAGCGUUUUUUCUUGGAAUUAAAUGCUCGACGAAUUGACACUAGUGUUGCAAGAAGUGAGUCACUCAGUAUAAUCAAUGGAAUGCGUUACCUGAAAUUGGGGGUUAAAACUGAGGGCGGCUUGAAUGCAUCUGCCUCCUUCGUAGCAAAAGCAAAUCCUCUCAAUCGACCUGCUCAUAAAAGGAAAAGUGAACUCCAUCACGCUCUCUGCAAUAUGCUCUCGAGCAUAUUAGCUCCUCUAGCAGAGGGUGGAAAGAACCACUGGCCUCCAUCAGGAGUGGAUUCAGCUCUUACAUUGUGGUACGAAGCUGUUACUCGAAUUAGAGGCCAACUUAUGCAUUGGAUGGAAAAACAAAGCAAGCAUAUUACGGUUGGCUUUCCCCUGGUGACUCUUCUUCUUUGCCUUGGUGAUCCACAAACAUUCAAUGGUAAUUUUGGGCCUCAUAUGGAGCUUUUGUAUAAGCAUUUUCGAGAUAAGAACCAUCGAUCGAUGGCAUUAGACUGUCUCCAUCGUGUCGUGAAGUUUUAUCUAAGCGUAUAUGCGAGUUACCAGCCAAAAAAUCGUGUCUGGGAUUAUUUAGAUAGCGUGACUUCACAGUUGCUGAAUGUUUUGAAAAAGGGCUUGUUAACUCAGGAUGCCCAGCACGAUAAGCUUGUAGAAUUUUGUGUAACAAUUGCUGAAAAUAAUCUUGAUUUCUCAAUGAACCAUAUGAUAUUGGAAUUAUUGAGACCAGAUGGUUCUAGUGAGGCAAAAGUAAUCGGUUUAAGGGCUUUGCUUGCCAUUGCGAUGUCUUCCUCGAGUAAACGUCCCGGAUUGGAAAUUUUCCAAGAUCAUGAUAUUGCUCAUCACAUCCCGAAAGUUAAAUCUGCUAUCGAGUCAAUCUUGAGGGCUUGCAACAGAACAUACAGUCUUGCUCUUCUUACUUCAUCCAAGACUACUAUAGAUACCAUUUCAAAAGAAAAAUCUCAAGGAUCUCUAUUCAAGUCUGUUCUCAAGUGCAUACCAUAUUUGAUAGAAGAAGUUGGAAGAAGUGAUAAAAUAGCAGAUAUAAUUCCUCAGCAUGGAAUAAGCAUUGAUCCCGGUGUUCGUGAGGAAGCAGUGCAGGUAUUGAAUCGGAUUGUACGUCAUCUUCCACACCGUCGUUUUGCUGUAAUGAAGGGAAUGGCUAACUUUAUACUGAAACUUCCCGAUGAGUUUCCACUUCUUAUUCAAACUCAGUUAGGCCGCCUGGUGGAAUACAUGCGCCUGUGGAGGGCCUGCUUGUCUGAUGAAAGCAUGAAUGAUGAUAUUCAUAAUAUAAAACAACCAGGUCCUUAUGAAUUCCAAGCAUCAGAAAUGGAUGCACUUGGUCUUGUUUUCCUCUGUUCCAUUGAUGUUCAGAUAAGGCACAUUGCCUUGGAGUUAUUGCGUUGUGUCCGUGCACUAAGGAAUGAUUUGAGGAAUAUUUCAUCGUUGAAAGAGAAUUCUGAGGAGAAGUUGAAAUAUGAAGCAGAGCCAAUAUUUAUGAUUGAUAUCUUGGAAGAAAAUGGGGAUGACAUUGUUCAAAGUUGCUAUUGGGAUUCCAGUCGUCCUUAUGAUUUAAGGCGAGAAUUUGAUCCUGUUCCGGUCGAUGUGUCCUUGCAAUCCAUUCUUGAAAGCCCAGAUAAGAAUAGAUGGGCUAACUGUCUUAGUGAGAUUGUGAAAUAUGCUGGUGAACUUUGCUCCAAUGCUGUUCGAGAAGCUAGGUUAGAGGUUAUGCAAAGGCUUGCUCUUAUCACACCCAUGGAGCUAGGUGGGAAGGCCCAUCAAGCCCAAGAUGCAGAAAAUAAAAUUGACCAGUGGCUCAUGUAUGCAAUGUUUGCUUGCUCCUGUCCUCCAGAUAAUAGAGUAGAUGUUGGCUUAUCAACAGCCAAAGAACUUUUUCAUCUUAUCUUUCCAUCUUUAAGGCAUGGGUCUGAUGUGAAUGCUCUUGCAGCCACCAAUGCUUUGGGUCAUUGUCAUCUUGAAUUAUGUGAAUUCAUGUUUGGAGAGCUUGCAUCUUUCGUUGAAGAGGUUUGGCAAGAGUCAGAGGGGAAACAGAAAUGGAAGAAUCAAAAAUUUCGCCGUGAAGAACUCCGUAUGCAUAUUGCGAAUGUUCAUCGUACUAUUGCAGAGAAAAUUUGGCCGGGAAUGUUACGCCGCAAACCAGUUCUCCAUUUACACUUUUUGAAGUUCAUUGACGAAACAUAUCGCCAGUUGUUAACGUCGGCUUCUGAAAGUUUUCCAGAUUCACAACCUCUUCGGUAUGCAUUGGCUUCUGUCAUCAGAUAUCUAGCUCCAGAGAUUGUGGACUCUAAGUCAGAGAGGUUUGAUGUGAGAACACGAAAGAAGAUUUUUGACUUGCUAAUGACUUGGUGCGAUGAAUCUGGAAGCAUGUGGGGCCAAGAAGGCAGUAGUGAUUACCGUCGAGAAGUAGAGCGGUACAAGUCAGGACAACAUGGUCGAUCCAGGGAUUCUAUAGACAAGCUCACAUUUGAUAAGGAGGUGAUCGAACAGGUAGAAGCAGUUCAAUGGGUUUCCAUGAAUGCUAUUGCCUCACUUCUAUACGGACCUUGCUUUGAUGAUAAUGCUAGAAAGCUAACUGGAAGAGUGAUAUCUUGGAUCAAUAAUUUGUUUGUUGAUUCAGCACCAAGAGUGCCUUUUGGAUAUUCGCCUGUAGAUCCACGUACGCCGUCAUAUUCUAAGUACACGGCAGAUGGAGGGCGGGCAGCAGGGGUUCGAGACAAACAUAAAGGAGCUCAUCUCCGUGUUCCUUUGGCGAAGACUGCUUUAAAAAAUCUUAUUCAAACAAAUUUAGACCUUUUUCCAGUCUGCAUUGAUCAGUGCUACUCUCCUGAGCCUCACUUGUCAGAUGGUUACUUCAGUGUCCUGGCAGAAGUGUACAUGAGACUAGAGAUUCCAAAGUGCGAGGUACAGAGGCUUCUCAGCUUAAUUCUCUAUAAGGUGGUUGAUCCAUCCAGGCAAAUUCGCGACGACGCCCUUCAAAUGUUGGAAACACUCUCUGUUCGUGAGUGGGCUGAAGAUGAUACUGAGAGCGCCAGUCGUUAUCGAGUCUCCGUUGUUGGCAACCUCCCUGACUCAUACCAACAGUUUCAAUACAAAUUGUCUGCUAAACUCGCUAAAGACCAUCCAGAGCUGAGCGAGCUGCUCUGCGAGGAAAUCAUGCAGCGCCAACUCGAUGCUGUCGACAUUAUCGCGCAGCAUCAAGUUCUCACUUGUAUGGCUCCAUGGAUUGAGAACUUGAAUUUCUCGAAACUAUGGGAGUCUGGUUGGAGCGAGAGAUUGCUUAAAAGUCUCUAUUAUGUCACUUGGAAACAUGGGGAUCAGUUUCCUGAUGAGAUAGAGAAAUUAUGGAGCACCGUCGCAAGCAACACCCGGAAUAUCAUACCAGUUUUGGACUUCUUGGUCACCAAAGGAAUUGAAGAUUGCGAUUCAAAUCCAUCGGCAGAAAUUAGUUGGGCUUUCGCCACAUAUUUCUCGGUCGCUAAACGCGUGAGUCUAUAUCUGGCACGAAUCUGCCCACAACAAACCAUCGAUCACUUGGUAUGCGAGUUAUCUCAGAGGAUGUUGGAGGAUAGUGAGGAUCCUGUUAGACCAGGAAAGGUCGACCCUACUGCAAACAUCGUUCUGGAGUUCUCUCAAGGACCGAUGAUGACACAGCUCACAGCCGUUGUAGAUAGCCAACCUCACAUGUCGCCUCUGCUUGUUAGAGGAUCACUCGAUGGUCCUCUAAAAAACGCGAGCGGAAACUUGAGCUGGAGGACUUCAACUGUUACCGGUCGAAGCAUUUCUGGUCCGUUAAGCCCAAUGCCUCCUGAGGUUAACAUUGUUGCUGCUGCUGCUGGCCGCUCGGGGCAAUUGCUGCCAUCAUUGAUGAAUAUGUCGGGGCCUUUGAUGGCCGUCCGAGGCUCAACUGGUAAUCUGAGAAGCCGUCAUGUGUCAAGGGACAGUGGAGAUAUCUUUAUCGAUACCCCCAACUCUGUCGAAGACAUCUUGCACCAAGCAACUGGUGGGUUGCACGGCAUCAAUGCAAACGAACUUCAAUCAGCCCUGCAGGGACAUCAACACUUAUUAUCACGUGCGGAUAUAGCAUUAAUCCUACUUGCCGAAAUUGCUUAUGAAAACGAUGAAGAUUUUCGCGAGAACUUGCCCUUACUUUUUCAUGUUACUUGUGUUUCCAUGGAUAGUUCAGAGGAUAUUGUGCUUGAACAUUGUAAAAAUUUGCUUGUUAAUCUGCUCUAUUCGCUGGCCGGGAGGCAUUUGGAACUAUAUGGAACCACAAACAGUGAAGGCGAAAAUAAACAUAAAGUAGAGAGCCUUAUAAAGUAUAUUCAGUCUAAGCGUGGGUGUUUAAUGUGGGAGAAUGAGGAUUCGACUCUUGUUCAUAUAGAACUUCCCAGUGCUGCACUGCUAUCUGCAUUAGCACUAGAUAUGGUUGAUGCUAUAUUUUUCCAGGGAGACCUUCGCGAGACUUGGGGUGCGGAGGCCCUCAAAUGGGCAGUGGAGUGUACUUCCAGGCAUCUCGCUUGUCGUUCUCACCAAAUAUAUCGUGCGCUUAAGCCGAGCGUGAAGAGUGAUAACUGCGUAGUGCUGCUCCGAUGCCUUCACCGAUGCUUGGGAAAUCCUGUACCAGCUGUUCUUGGCUUUGCCAUGGAGAUUCUUCUAACAUUACAGGUGAUGGUUGAGAAUAUGGAGCCUGAGAAGGUGAUCCUAUAUCCACAGCUUUUCUGGGGGUGUGUUGCUAUGAUGCAUACAGAUUUCAUUCACAUCUACUGUCAGGUGCUUGAACUGUUUUGCCGUGUGAUUAACCGUCUGUCACUACACGAUCGAACGACCGAGAAUGUGUUACUAUCGAGUAUGCCACGGGAUGAGUUCGACACCAAUAGUCCUGAUGGUCCCGAGCUUCCAAGGGAAGAAUCGCGUACUGGUCCGGAAUUAUUGCCAUCCGGUGGAAAGGUUCCGGCAUUCGAAGGGGUGCAACCCUUGGUCCUUAAAGGACUUAUGUCCACCAUCAGCCAUGGAUCUGCAGUCGAAGUGCUCUCACAAAUAACCAUCCCUACCUGUGAUUCAAUAUUUGGUAACCCCGAGACACGUCUAUUAAUGCACAUCAUAGGUUUGUUGCCUUGGUUAGGCCUACAACUAAACAAGGACUUGGCUCUUGUUGGAUCUGCAUCACCCCUCCAACAGCAGUACCUGAAAUCCUACCUGGUUGCCUCAAACAUCUCAUACUGGUGUCACAAGAAAUCUCUCCAUCAACUCGCUGAGGUGUUCUCGGCUUACUCGCUAGGGGAGUUAACGUCGGUUGAAGAUCUAUUUACUCGUGCAUCGCUGGCCAUUUGUGCCGAAUGGUUUCCGAAGCACUCGUCGUUAGCAUUUGGACAUCUGUUGAGGCUUCUCGAGCGAGGGCCAGUCGACUAUCAGCGCGUGAUACUCAUAUUACUCAAAGCUCUCCUCCAUCAAACUCCAGUAGAUGCGGCUCAGAGCCCUCAUGUUUACGGCAUUGUUUCACAACUGGUGGAAAGUAGCUUGUCCUGUGAGGCAUUGAGUGUGCUGGAGGCACUUCUGCAAAGUUGCAGCACCUUAGCAGGGGAUCAUAAAGACGAAUUUGGUUCGGCAGAGAAUGGUUAUGGAUUGACCGAAAAAUCUUUGCAGAGCAUACUCGCGCCGCAAAGCUCCUUUAAGGCUCGGAGCGGGCAGCUGCAGUUUGUAGCAGGGUCUGGGAUUGGGGUGGUAUCUGCAGCUCAUGGUGGAGGUGAUAACGUGCAGUCUCAGAGGGAGAUAUCCCUUCAAAACACUCGUAUGAUACUCGGUCGUGUUCUUGAUAGUUGCGCUCUCGGUCGAAAGAGGGACUAUAAACGACUUGUGCCGUUCGUUGCCAACAUUGGAAACUCUUGAUUGCAUGGAUUUGAAGUUUGAAGCUUGUUUUGGCCCCCCUAUUUCUUGUUUGAAUCAGCUUUCUGGCAAAAUGCAACCUGAACUGUGAUGCUGAUUUGCAGAAGGUGAUAACAGAGUUGUUUGGGGAUAUGUUUAUAGUUGUAUAUGUUGAGAAUUUUCUUUUCAAUUUCUCCAAUAAAAAUUAAUUGCUUGC